AUGGAACCCACCAAAGUUCAGUCAGAAGGAGGGCUCAAUGUCACUCUGACCAUCAGGCUCCUUAUGCAUGGAAAGGAGGUUGGCAGCAUUAUUGGCAAGAAAGGGGAAACUGUGAAAAAGAUGCGCGAAGAGAGUAGUGCACGUAUAAACAUUUCAGAGGGGAACUGUCCAGAGAGGAUCGUGACCAUCACAGGACCCACAGAUGCAAUUUUCAAGGCCUUCGCCAUGAUCGCGUACAAGUUUGAAGAAGAUAUCAUUAAUUCUAUGAGCAACAGUCAGGCCACAAGUAAACCUCCAGUGACUUUGCGCUUGGUGGUGCCGGCCAGCCAGUGUGGCUCUCUAAUUGGGAAGGGGGGUUCUAAGAUCAAGGAGAUGAGGGAGUCAACAGGUGCACAGGUACAGGUGGCUGGAGACAUGCUGCCCAAUUCCACUGAGCGGGCAGUCACUAUUUCAGGUGCUCCUGAGGCCAUUAUCCAGUGUGUAAAACAGAUCUGUGUGGUUAUGCUGGAGUCCCCACCCAAAGGCGCUACGAUUCCGUACAGGCCCAAGCCUGCCACCACACCAAUUAUUUUCUCUGGUGGGCAGACAUACACCAUUCAGGGACAAUACGCCAUCCCCCACCCGGACCAGUUGACAAAGCUCCAUCAGCUGGCAAUGCAGCAUUCCCCCUUUACCUCCCUUGGACAGACCACCCCCGCUUUCCCUGGUCUGGAUGCCAGUUCACAGGCCAGUACUCAUGAACUCACCAUUCCAAAUGAUUUAAUAGGCUGCAUAAUUGGACGCCAGGGCACCAAAAUUAAUGAAAUCCGUCAGAUGUCUGGAGCUCAGAUCAAAAUUGCUAAUGCCAUGGAGGGGUCAACAGACCGUCAGAUCACCAUCACAGGCCCUCCUGCCAACAUCAGCCUGGCACAGUACCUCAUAAAUGCCAGGUUCAGAGAUGUGGCAGCCAUGUGGACCGAUCCUUCGACCAUGACCACCUCCUGAAGUCAUUAUGCUCUUUUCAUCUGACAGUACGCUAUUGAAUGGUUUUUGGGUCCCGCAGUCUUUGUAAA